AUCGAUGAAAAUGAACGAGUGAUGGAGGACAUGAGGGCAUUCUCGGAUUAAAUGCUUUUGUUUUUGAACCUUUGGAGGAUUUAAUCUUUUAUUCUUUCUGUGAUUUUCAUAUUGUUAUUAUUUUUUGGAUCUUUUUGUUUUCUUUCCGUAUGUGAACGAGCAGACAGCAUGGGGUUACUGCUUCUGCUCGCCGUCUUCCAGGUGGUCACAGUCGGCUUGGUGAACGCUGGAUGUCCGGUGAUAUGCGAGUGUCCAGCGGGCCCCCCGUCCUGCCCCCCCGGGGUCAGCUCGGUCCCAGACGGCUGCGGUUGCUGCAAGGUGUGUGCUGCUCAGCUCAACCAGGACUGUCACGAGGGACGACCAUGUGACCACCACAAAGGCCUGGAGUGCAACUAUGGCAACGACGUGGGUCGCACCAACGGCAUCUGCAGGGCGAAGGCAGAGGGCCGAUCGUGUGAGUACAACGGGCGGAUUUACCAAAACGGCGAGAACUUCCGCGCCGGUUGCAAGCACCAGUGCACCUGCAUCGACGGAGCGGUGGGCUGCGUCCCCCUCUGCCCCAGCCACAUCCCCCUGGCAUCCCCUUCCUGUCCCGCCCCCCAGCUGGUCAAAGUCCCGGGCCAGUGCUGCCUCAGCGUCGACUGCCACAAGGGGACCACGGUCGUGCCCCCCGUGCACCGACGACACCAGCCCCCCCAGGCUUUCCCGCCGUACCCCUUCAUUCCCUACCCGGCGUACCCCUACCCGAAGCCUUAUCCCAAACCGUUCAAGAAGCUGUACCCCUACAAACCCAAAAAGGAGAAGGACACGCUGGGCAACGAGCUGGUGGAGGUCGGACGGAAGUGGGAGAAGAUGCGUGGAAACAAACAUCUGGCAUCCUGGAGGCAGAUGGGAGAUCAGUGCGUGGUUCAGACUACUUCCUGGUCGCAGUGUUCUCGGAGCUGCGGGAUGGGCGUCUCCUCUCGUGUCACCAACGACAACGCCCGCUGUAAGCUGAUCAAGGAGACGCGCCUGUGCAACAUCCGCCCCUGCAGCUCCAUGUCCGUCCCCGUCAAGAGAGGGAGGAAGUGCUCUCGAACCCACAAGGCGCCCGAGCCUCACCGCCUGUCCUACGCCGGCUGCAGGAGCACCCGUCUCUACAGGCCCAACUACUGCGGCGUCUGCAGGGACGGCCGCUGCUGCUCGCCCCGUCGCACGCGCACCGCCGGCGUCGCCUUCUCCUGCCCCGACGGCGAGCGCUUCAGCCGCUCCGUGAUGUUCAUCCAGUCGUGCAAGUGCAGCGACGAGUGCAACCACCUGAACGAGGCGGCCAUGCCUCCGCAGCGGUGGCUCUACGGAGACACGCACAAGUUCAUGGACUAAAACCCUGAACCCCCCCACAUUCCCUCACACACACACACAAAGACUUUUAAGUCCCCCCGUAGUGAUCCCCAUUGUAGAAUAGCUGUCCUUAGUGUAUCUACGAGAAGACGCAAGCGUGGCCAACACAUGGAAACAUCUUUGGUGGAUGUUUGGGGAGGAACGGGGAGAAAAUGAAUGAAUCAAGAUGGAGGCAGCGGCGACUUGGAAAGUGACCAGCGUGUGCUUUUAGUGUAGAUAAAGUCGGACUACUGGGGUUAAACUGGCCGCCAUGUUGCCGUCAUUCACCAAAAAGUCCCCCGAACUCUUGAGACUUUUUGUGGGGAUGCUGGAGCAAAAAAAAGCUCCAGUGAUGUGGAUUUUCAUCUCUCAGUGAAAGAGCAACAGGUCCCUCGAAGUAGUAAAACUCACUCCAAAACUAAAAACCAAAUGAAGACUCGCAGGGAAGAUUAACAAGCAAACAACGGGGAUCUGAAGACGGAGGAGGAUGCUCUGAGAGGGGGAGGGGCUUGUGUCUUUUUAUGGUAUUUAUUCACUGGUAUUUAUUGUUGAGACAGUGGCUGCUAUGUUUGGAGCGACUCUGCAGCUGAACGAGGGACAAAACAGCUGAGAGCUGUCGGCCGCGAGCAGGAGAGACGGACUCCGGGGGCGUUUAUCCUGCCGGUCUCUUUUUAGAGGUCGCAGCGGUCAGAAAGUCGUUAUGUAAUGACAGAUGAUGAUGAAGGCUACAGGAGAGAGGAGGACUUAUGGACUCAUGGAGUUGAACCUGCCUUGUGGAGGCUUUGUACGCAUUAGCGGGGGGGAAUAUGUCAGAGGUUUGUUUACACAGCUGAGCUCGUCCUCGCCGCGCCGCCACGGGAAGAUGAGACAUUUAGCGAGCAGCAGAAGAACAAGGCCGGGAAUCUGGCGCCAAGAAGUCAACCGCCGUAAUUCUGUGCAAAUUACUAUCCUGACUCUGACGGGGCAACGAGACGAAAUCAGCCGCUCUCUUGUUUUCUGUAAAAAUUCAGAUUUUUGAAAACUGCGGCCGAGUAAACGUGUAAUUUGUGACUCGUGGUGUGGAAACGUUCUGGUGCCGAAUCUGGCCUAACACCAAACAAUAACUCACACGUCUUCUUCAAGUUGUGUCUGUUUCUGAGAAAUGCUUUUCCAAAACUUCUUGUUGUCACUUCAGUGAGCUUUAUUUUUUCUGCAAGUGGUUAGAGUCAGUAACGUCGCUCGGAGGGGUCAGACAAAUCCAAAUAUCAAAAACAUUUUACAAAAAACACGCCCCCAUAUGCGGAAAAGGUAAAUGCAAACGCCACAACAGGAACGCUACAGGAAGUCACAAAGCUAAUGUCACAGCAUGAAUGCAAAGAGGAAGUUAGAACGAGCAAAAUAUCACCAGGCUUCAGCCGUGGCCUACAGGACCAGGAUGUGUCAAAUAGCUUUUUUCAAAACGCCACAAGAGGCCAUAGCAGCAGGCCGUCCCCGCCGAUAAAGCACUUGUGUUGAGAAUUAGCAUGUCGGCUAAAACACUCAAACAUUGCGUCUGGUUCGUCUAAUGUUCUUGUGAUGUCAGAGUCAAAUCAUCAAUCUAAAACGGUUUUUGUGUUUUUUUCCUUUUGCAAAGUGUUUUGGAUUCACUCUGUCUGACAUCUCCAGGCCACCGUAGUCCAGGGCUGCCAACGGUACAUGAGAACUUAUACAUGACUUUAACUACAGAACACCGGUGUAUUACUCAGAUUGGCAUCCGGUCAAGUUGGUGCACCUUACUACAGCCUUCGUUUAUAAUCUUUGUUCUCAUGGAUGGAGCUACAGAGGGACUCAGAGGAGUUUCAAACUGAAGAAACAUUUUUAAAAAAGUGAUUCUAAAAUAUUCUACUCGCAGCAUUUGAUGAUAAAAGUGUUUCCUCUUUCCUCGUAACAAGUGGGUUUCUUUGAAACUGGUAAAUGUUUGUAUAGCUGCUGUAGGUUUCAUGCUUUUUUCAUGCUGUUGGGUUUGGCCUCUGUAGAUGCUGCCGUGGUUUCUGUACUGUAUUUGUAGUUUUGUUUAAGGACUCCCUAGUGCAGCUAUGUACAGAUGCUUUGUUAACCUCUCGUAGUUCUAUCUGCUGUAUGAGGGCCAGUCCUUUGACUGACCUAUACUCAAGUAGUCCAUGUAGAGUUUAGCGCCGGUUCAGAUCAGUUUGUCUACUGGUGUUCAUUAAUUCCAUCUGUGAUGAGUCCUGCUUCUUCAGGUUACAUAAAAGGUUUAAAAUAACUCUGGACUUACAGGUAACUUCUCCUGAAUCAAUGGAUGCGUCAAAUCAUUUUUUCAUUUUCUAAUAAAGACUUUAUCACUCCGA